AUGCGAUGCAAUGAGAAAUCGGACCGACGCCCAUCAGCGACUGCUCAGCGCGCCCAGGCUCCCUCUGGAACCAGUGCAAUGACUGCUCUCGAAAUCACUGUCUACACUAGGACUAUUACUCAUCUUCGACGUCUGGCUUGCCUUUACUGCCUCAUUGCAGAGCACUACGUCAGCAAGAAUAGUUUAGGCACUUUUUCAGCGGCUGACAAGGAUAGCUGCUUCAAACUAGUGUACCUUGCGUUUGCCAUAAUUAGAGCUCAAGAGAGAUAUGCUCACUGCGCGUUCCUGCCAUCCAGCUUUCCUCCAAUGUAUCGGGCACAUACAGCACUCAUAAGUGCCGCCUGUCCCAGUCCUUCCAGCACCGAUUUCGAACCCGAACAGUUUAUCUCAAGUGAUCGACAGUUUGCCCCAUAUACACACAAACAUCUUCCCAUGCUUAUUGCAUUCGCAAUAACCUCGCCCGAGCUUCAAUCCAAAAAUGCUCUCUGCCACAUCACUGAUGAUGACCUCUACCAAAUGCGCCGCUGGAUUUCCCACAACCAAAUUCCCCAGUGGCUUCACAGCUUAUUUGUACGCUUUUCCAUCCCUUACCCAACAAACCAUCACCGUACGGAACUUCUUGCAGAAAGUAAGUGA